AUGGACGCCAUUGCCGGUGCGGAAGAUGUCACGGAAACCAGCUAUGGCGCAACGUCGGUCCAAACCCAAACCAAGUGGACUGGUGUGGCAGCGAUCAACAGACUUCCUCCCGAGAUUCUGAUUCGCAUAUUCGAAUACUGCCACUACCUAUGGCGUUCCAUGUCCAUCAAGAAGGAACGCGCCGAUUCGCCCGCGGUCUGGGAUCGCAGCAUUCGAGCUCUCAUGGACCUCGGAUAUCCCGAGACACUCUCCCACGUCUGUACUCUCUGGCGCGACAUUGCCCUCUCGACGCCCACACUCUGGUCUUACCUCGAUCUCUUUACGCUUGGCCAGUCGGCCCAGACGUUCACGGAUCGUGGUUCCGCGUUUAUCCCGCGAGCGCAGAACCAGGAGCUUAUACUCCGUGUUCGACUACGUCAUGACGGAGCCGGACCCCCGCCCAACGCCAGCACCGAUACAGCGAAAGGCUUUUGCGGUUCCGUAGCCCCGCGACUCAGGUCCCUAUUGAUCGACAACCACGGCGUGAGCGAUAGCGCACUCUUCACAUCUCUCAUCCAAGCCACACUCCCCAACACCACACCAGGCACGCUUCUCAACCUGUUCAUCAAAGACUACGGCCCACGCUCGAUCCCCAGUCAGACGCACAACCCAGAUGGACUGGCCGGAUGGGAACUCCCCUCGCCCGACACAUGCGGUGUGUCCCCAGAGCUGUUCGACUCGAUUUUGCGCCCAAUCAAAUCGUUGCGCCUCGGGAGUUAUUUCUUUCCUUGGUCCAGUCCGGCUUACCAUGGCCUCGUCGAGCUUCAUUUGUUGUUCACCCGACCCAGGCGUGGUCAUCGUCCUUAUGUCCACGUUCACAAACUUAGAGACAUGCUCCUCGCUUCUCCCGGACUCCGGAUACUGCACAUCAACAUCACCGUCGUCGGCAAAGACGAUCUCCCGGGUCUACCGCCCGUUCCUCUGCCCGAACUAGAAGAACUCAAUCUACGGGGCAUGUCCCGCGGCGUAUACGACACCGUCCUUCCGCUAUUAUCACCCGGGAAAUCAACCCCACUGCAAUUCACGUUUCAGACGGAACAACAAGUCAACGCACGGCUGUACUGCCCUACCGUUCGGUCGUUCCUUAAACGCGCGAACGUGACGAGUUUGUAUGUCCUUGGUCGGUCGUCGUUUGAUCAGCGUUUGUCGCUCGAGGAGCUCCUGGCCGAGUCGCCGAGGGGUCUACGCACACUCGGCAUCGAGCGAUUACAGAUCCUCGCACCGUCGAUGGAUGAGACUCGGGAUGUGCGCUAUGAAGAAGGGCUGCAUCACGUAUCCCGACUGUACAUCCGGAAAUGCGUCAUUGAUGUGGACGCGUUUAAAUCUCUCGUCGGGAUGUUCGAUCUCGACAUGCUCAAACUGCACAAACCCGAGUUCCGGGACAGGUCACACGAAACCAGUCCUACCACCACUACCACCACUACCACCACUACCACCAAUAUAGGCGCCAUGCAGGAAAUAAACAAGAUGGGUCCGAGGAGCGUCAAGUGGGUCCGGUCGUCGCGUGACAUGGAGCUCUGGGACGCUUGGGAGGUCGAGUAUGAUGAUGAUGGGGAUGGGGAUGGUGGUGAGGAUGGUGUGUUGUGCGAGAUGUGUAGUGCGUUGCAGGUGUCGCCCAGUGCCCGCUGA